CCACGCCCGAUUUCGGCUCAGUACGUUGCCAAAAUGCGCCACGUAAAGUUCAACUUUUGUCUGCUGAUCUCCGCGAUCUGCCUGUUGGCCGCCGUUUCCGGCCAAGGCCGAACGCGCCGCCCUCGCACCACCAAACACCCGGAACGUCCGACGUCAACCCAGCACACGCGUCCGGAUCCGGCGGCCGGCGCCAAGGUUGCGGAAUGGUACGAAAAGCAACUGCCGGGUUUGCCGAUCGAGCAGCAGAACUACUACCAGUUUGACGUGAUGCUUCCGGAGGGCAAACAGGCCAACUCGCUGCCCACGGAAACGUUCCAGACGCGGCUCUGGCCGGGCGGAGUCGUUCCGUACGUGUUCGGGGACGAGUUCACCGAGCUGGAGACGUUCCUGUUCAACCACGCCAUCUGGCAGUUCAACACGCAAACCUGCAUCCGGUUCGUGCCCCGCACCAAGGAACCGUACUACGUUACGCUGGAGAAGGGUCCGACCGGAUGCUGGUCGUACACGGGCCGCUACACCAACAACAAGUGGAACAAGCUGAACGUGCAGUCGCACUGCUUCUCGCAAGGGCCGGGCAUGAUCAUCCACGAGAUGAUGCACGCGGUCGGGUUCCACCACGAGUUCAUCCGGCCCGAUCGUGACGAGUACAUCUACGUGAACCAGAGCGCCACCAUCGGGUGGGCCCAGGUUGGGAAGAACUUUGCCACCAAGAGCAAGGUCGAGUCCGAGGUGUACGGGACCACGUUUGACUACGGAAGUGUGAUGAUGUACUCGCGGUUUGCGGCGGCGGCCAGUGCGAGCCAUCCGGUGAUGAUGAAUACGAAACCGUGGGACGGUGAGUUUGGCAACCGCACCGGCUUCUCCGAGAGCGAUCUGAUCCGGCUGAACUACAUGUACUGCAACGGAACGGCCUGGGACAACCGCGUCCGCAAGCCGUUCCAGCUGCCCAUCCCGCUGGACAAGGGCGCGACGGAGGUCCCGGAGCGCCCGCAGCCUCCGAAGGUGAUCAACCAGGACGAGGAGGCCAGCAUGGGGGAGUUGGUUUAUUAGAAUGAACGAUUCUUUAAAAAACAAUUAUUUCUGGAUAAAAAUAAGUUAAUUUCGGUUAUUUUUGUCUUUAUAGUGGUUUCUCUUCGCAAGUCUAUUUUGCUUCUUUUUAUAUCAAUUAAAUAUACUUUUACCUUCGUUUGUGAAA